AUGGCUGGCUACUCCCUUACACAAUUUGUUACUGUUAUGCUUUUGUAUUAUAUCUCAAAUAUCCUUACGGAUGGACAGUUCAUGUAUAUCGACAUGUUUUUGAUAACUCUUCUGGCGGUCCUUUUUGGAAAUACAUCGGCAUAUAGUAAUCUUUGUCCUACUCCCCCACCUACACGAUUGCUGUCGGUUGCUAGUAUCUGCAGUGUGCUUGGACAGUUAGCUAUCAUGGGUAGUACUCAGCUUCUUGUAUUCCUGAUGACUACAUCUCAGCCCUGGUUCAUUCCUUAUAGUGUUCCUCGUGGUUCAGAUACUGAAGACAAAAGAAGUAUGCAGGGAACGGCAGUAUUUUACGUGUCCGUGUUUCAAUACAUCACUCUUGUCGUCGUUUAUUCAAAAGGACCGCCAUACCGCGACACACUUUACAGUAAUAGACCGUUCUGCGCUUCUAUCGCCUUCGUCACACUGCUAUCAUUGGUGAUCAUAUUGUGGGCUCCUCCUUGGUUGCGGGAUUUUAUGGGCAACAUGGACCUUCCAUCAUUCGAGUAUCGCAGCCUUCUAGUACUUAUUGCUAGCAUAAACGCAAUUAUUUCCUUCCUGUUUGAGAAAGUAUUCGUCGAACAGUUUCUGCUUGUUUAUAUGGAAAGGUGAGU